CCCUGGUCGAGCCGAACCAAGUAGAACGGGCCGUCUCACUCGCGUCUUCGCCUCCUCCCCGACCCACCGACCCGGCGGCGGCCACCACCCAUUCCGGCGACCGCACCAUGGCCCCACGGCCGGAGCUGAUGGACGAGCUCGUCGGCGAGGUCCUCCACCUCCUUCCUCCUUCCGAGCCCGAGCACCUCUUCCGCGCCGCCCUCGUCUGCAAGUCGUGGCUCCGCGUCGUCUGCGACCCCUCCUUCCGCCGCCGCUACCGCGCCUUCCACGGAGCCCCUCCCCUCCUCGGCCUCCUCCAGAGGUUCCAGGUCCUCCAAGAAAGGCCCGCGCCCCGCUUCACCUCCACCACGUCGAUGCCGGACUUCCCCUACCCGGGCUCCGACGGCCAGGGCAAGCACCCCGUCCCCCUCGACUGCCGCCACGGCCGCGUGCUCAUCCACAUGGUGCAGGACGAGGGCCUGGUCUUCGUCGUCUCGGACCCCGUCACGGGCGACCGGCACGUCCUACCCGCGCCGGGCAUCGUCUGGCUCAUCUGCACCGCCGCGGUCUUCUGCGCCGCCGAUGGCUGCCAGCAUCUCGACUGCCAAGGCGGCCCCUUCCGCGUGGCCUUCCUGGCCACCGACGACGCCGGCCGCCAGGUUAAGGCGAGCGUGUACUCGUCGGUGACAGGCGAGUGGAGUGCGCCAGUGUCUCUUGACGAUGGCUGCGACCUGCGAGUGCUACGCCCAGCACAUGCGAGACGACAUUGCAGAAAACCUCUACCACCUGCCCUAUGUCAUGCCCCGGCGAAUAGCUGUCAUUGGAGAUGAAGUCUACUUCACACUUCGGUCCGCUCACAAAAUCGUCAAGUACAACCUGCCAAACAACUGCCUAUCCAUGAUUAACCCGCCGCCACACACUAGGAGCCCAAUUGCUCUCAUGGUGAUGGAGGACAGUUCGCUGGGGUUUGCCUGCACUGAGAGUUCUACUCUUUAUCUGUGGUCAAGGAAGGUGAAUUCAGAAGCAGCUGCUGAAUGGGUAAAAUGCAGGAGCAUCGAGCUGGAGACAAUUGUGCCCGUCGUGGAUCCAGAUUACCAACCAUUUGUGGUUGGUUCCGCAGAGGGUGUGGGUGUCAUCUUCAUCAACACAGAUGCUGGCUUAUUCACUCUAGAGCUCAAGUCAGGGCGAGUCAGGAAGGUUGACGAGCCCGCACACUACUUUAGCGUCCUGCCCUACAUGAGCUUCUACACUCCAGAUCGUGGCAUAUUGUUGGCGCUAUCGAAGACCCACUGAUCUCUGAUGUGCCGCUCAAUAGUGAUGAAUUGCAAAUGGGCAAACCCAUCAUCUUUAGUCUGCUGCCGUCGGCUUCUUCCAAGCUACUAAUACCAGGUUGUGUUUUGUUUCUGUUGAGGAGUUUAAGCAUGAAGGGUGGAAGUCAAUUGUUAUGCAGUUUAAGCGUGAAUCGUGCAAGCUACCAUGUUUGUUGACUGUGGUUCUCAUGUCGAAUUCGUCCUGACCACGUCAGAGCACGAACUGUAUUGCUGUUUAGCAUAUAGGCGUACUUCUGUUGCUGUUUGCUUAAAUGCUUGAGUCAGCUACAUGAAA